UUGGCCUGAGUGGUUGGUGGCCUCAGAGGGGGCCAGGCUGGAAGAGGCGGGGGCGGAUGAGACUUACCGGGUGGGCCGGACCAGGCCACUUCCUCCCUUUGUUGUUCUCGUGUUUUCUUUUCUUUCUGGGAUUUUACUUGAAGACCACGUCACCAGCAAAUUUGGGAGCCACUUGCAAGGCUGAGUCACAGCAGAACCAGCUAAGUCUGCCCCGCGCCAUGAUCCUAACACUGCUGCUGGGCCUUGGGGGGUACCUGAACUGGGGACUACUCGGGACCUGGGCACAGGACCCUACUGCCAGGUUCUCUGAUCCCAACAGAGCCAGAGUGACUCCAGGCUGGCCAAUAGAGGCUGAGAACACCGGCAGAGACCCCAUCAGAUGGAACUGGUGCCCUUACCAGAAGUCCAGGUUGGUCACCUUCGUAGCUGCUUGCAAAACAGAGAAAGUCCUGGUCCAUUCACAGCAGCCAUGUCAACAGGGGGCUUCUGACUGCAGGAGAGUCACGUACCGAGUGGCCCAGAAGCCAGUGUACCAGGUCCAGCAAAAGGUGCUCUUCUCUGUGGCCUGGAGGUGCUGCCCAGGGUUCCAGGGUACAGACUGCCAGGACCAUGAUCCCACAGCAAGCCCGGAGCCCACAGAGGCGAGUGGCAAACUGCAGGAGACCUGGGACCAGCUGGAUGGCUUUGAACUGGGCCACCUUCCUGUCACAGAGUUCAGUGAGACCCAGGUGCCACAGGAAAGACGGGAACACCUGCUUCAAAAUCUGCAGAAUGAUGCCCAGCUGGUAGAAGAUGGCUUUCCAGGCCUUUGGGAGGCCCCAGACAACAACCUCACAGCUGAGGUGACAGAAGCCAAUCAAACAGAACUAGAGGUUCCUGGCAGGAUUUCAGAGCACCCGCUACAGCCCCAAAUCAAUGCGUUCCUGCAAGCACACUUCAGUCCCAUCUGGAAGGACUUUGGUGAGAGCUUGCAUAGCCUCUCCCAGGCUAUCAGAAACUUGUCUCUUGAUGUGGAAGCCAAUCACCAGGCCAUCAAGAUGAUCCAGGAGGGCACCGUGGCCAGGGCUGACUUCCAAGAGCUUGGUGCCAAAUAUGAUGCCAAGGUCCAGGAGAAUAGUCAGAGACUAGGCCAGCUGUGGCAGGAUGUGGAGGACCAGCUGCAUGCCCAGCGCCGUUCCCUGCACCAUGCCCUCUCUGAGGUCCAGGUUGAAGUGAGCACCAAGUUAAAGCAGCUUGCCAAGACUCAGGAACUUCCGGGGGCCAAUGGCAGCCAGGUGGUGGCAUCUGCAGCUGCAGCAGCAAGGCCAGAGCCAGAAAGCCUGCAGGCCAGGCUGGGACAGCUGCAGAGAAACCUCUCGGCUCUGCACGUGGUCAUCACCCAGAGGGAGGAGGAGCUGCAGAGCACCCUCAGGGACAUGGACGGUGUCCUAAAACAGCACGGGGAUGAAAUCAAGGAGCUGUACUCUGAAUCGGAUGACACCUUCGACCAGAUCAGCAAGGUAGAACGGCAGAUGGAGGAGCUGUUGGUGAACCACACCGGGCUUCGAGAGCUGCGUGUGAUCCUGAUGGAAAAGUCCCUGAUCAUGGAGGAGAACAAAGAGCAGAUGGAGCGGCAACUGUUGGAACUCAACCUCACUCUGCAGCAUCUACAGGCAGGCCACGCGGACCUCAUCAAGUACGUUAAGGACUGCAACUGCCAGAGGCCACACUCUGACAUGGACGUCAUCCGGGAUGGCCAAAGGGACGCCAUGCGCACCCUGGAAGAGACCCAAGUGAGCCUGAACGAGCAGCACCAACUGGACGGUUCUUCUUUGCAGGCUUUGCAAAGCACUGUAGAUGCCAUGUCCUCCGCGAUGGACGUGUACAAAGGUGAGGGUGAGAGGGCCCGAGCCGAGAGGGCCAGGAUGCGGAGCCAGCUGCGGGCUCUGGACCAUGCGGUGGAAGCGUUGAAGACCGCGGCGAACGGGACUCGCAAAGAGAUGCGCCAGCUGCAUGGCUCCUUCGCAGCCUUGCUGGAGGAUGCACUGCGGCAUCAGGCUGUGCUGGCCGCACUCUUUGGGGAGGAGAUGAUAGAGGAGAUGUCGGAGGAGGCCCCUCAUCUGCUGCCCCUGAAUUAUGAACAGAUCUGUCUCGCCCUGCGGGACGCUGCCACCGGACUGCAGGAACAGGCAUCUGAUUGGGAGGCCUUGGUCCUUCGGGUGGAGACCUUGGAGCAGGCUGCAGAUGUCCUCGCGGAGCAGCACCCACAGUUGGCAGAGCGCCUGGAGCCCAGCCACGACUCUGGGAGGGCGGAGGAAGCCAUGGCUUUGGCAGACCUGGAGCAGGAAAUUCAGCGCCUGAGCUCCGAUGUCAAGCAGGUUGGGCAGUGCUGUGAGGCCUCCUGGGCCAACUCCCUCAAUGGCUCCCUUGAAGAUCUACACGGCAUGCUCUCUGACACCCAGCACAGCCUAAGACAGCACCAGCAGCUCUUCCACAGCCUCUUCCAGAACUUCCAAGGGCUGGUGGCAAGCAACAUCAGCCUGGACCUGGGUAAACUACAGGCCGUGUUGAGCAAGAAAGAUAAGAAGCAACAGAAAGGCCUAGGAGCAUCCCGAAAGAGGGAGAAGAAGCAAGUGGUGUUGUCUGCAGAUGCACAAGGUGUCCUAGACUCAGAGCUCUGGGAGGGAGGCUCCUCUGUGGCCUUCUAUGCCCGUUCUUCAGAAGCGGCAACCGCUUUGCACAUGGUGAAGUUCAACACCACGUCCAUCAAUGUGGGCGGCAGCUACUUCCCCGAACACAGCUACUUCCAAGCCCCCAAGCGUGGUGUCUACUUGUUUGCAGUGAGCAUUACUUUUGGCCCAGGCCCAGGCAUGGGGCAGCUGGUAUUUGAAGGUCAUCAUCGGGUUCCAGUCUACAGUACAGAACAGAGGGGUGGGAGUACAGCCACUACUUUUGCUAUGGCAGAGCUGCAAAAGGGUGAGAGGGUGUGGUUUGAGUUAAUCCAAGGGUCAGUAAUGAAGAGGAGCCAGCCAGGCACUGCAUUUGCGGGCUUCCUGAUGUUCAAGACCUGAACUCUGGACUUAGCUUGCAUCAGACAUGGUAGACUUGCCAGCUGCUCUUAGAUUGAGGCUCUGGCCAGAAAUGGCUGGAGAACAUGUAGUGGCCUAGCUCUUCCCUGGAUACCUUCUGCAAAGACCCUGCAGUAGGCAGCAUGUACCUUCUGCCACACAGGUUGGGGAGGCCAGGAGUGCUACUCCCUGGGCUGGGCUUGUGCCCGGAAUAGGAGCUGGGUAUGCCUUCCCCAAUGGGAAUGACUUGACUUGGCUCUGAAACAAUCAUUUCGACUUCUCCUCCUCUUCCUCGUGGUUGGAAAUUUCUGUACAUUUAAACCUUUCCCUGUUUCCUCUUCCCUGUGUUAGGAAGUCACUGUCUCCCAGGAAUGUUUACAGUGAAGAUGCUGGGCCAGCCAUAUGUAGCUCAGGGAGCAUUUGACAUGCAAAAGGUCCCAUGUUCUCUUUCCAAUACCUCAAAAGACUUGGAGUUUAACCUGAAACUGGAAACAAGUCUCCAAUUACUAUAGAAAAGCUAGUUAAAAACAGUCGUUCUAGCUGGGUGCAUGCCUUUAAUCCCAGCAGAGACAGAGACAGGCGGAUCUCUGUGAGUUCAAGGCCAGCCUGGUCUACAAAGCGAGUCCAGGACAGCCAAGGCUAACACAGAGAGACCUUGUCUCAA